ACUUCUGCAAUAUCUUUCAUCUAAUUUACGAACAUUGGUCAAUUUCGAUAUGUCAAGCAACUUAACAAAAAUCAAACCUCAAACCGGCGAUAGCAUCAACGUUGACGAAGGCGGCGGCGGCGAUAAUGCUUACAAUUUAUCCAUGAAUUUAGCACCCAGUGAAUUGCAAAGAAUUCUGCAUCAAUCACAUUAUACAAAUGCAAGCAGUUUUCUGAGCAACUCGUUUAAAGCGAAUAUGUUAAUAGAUUCGACCACUAUUUGUGAAAGAUCAGGAGCACUAGAGAGCACGGAGUAUCCAAAGGAGAAAGCUGAUAUCUUAUUUUCACAAUUUUUAGAAGUAUGGAAAAUUAGAGCGAAUGGUUCGGAUGUGUUCGACACCAUACAAGAUUUAAUAUUCGCUUGCGCUGGUGUGUUGGAGACAGCAAAACAGGAAUUGUCGCGUUAUGGAGAGGAGAAAGGCCGCUCAAAUAACUGGAAAUGGUUAGAGCAAGAAUUGAAAACUUGGAAACUGCUGUAUGCCUUGUAUAAAGAUAGAACUUUAGUGCAAUGUGGAGAUGAAGCUAUGGGUUUUGAUGGGGCAACCUUGGGUGGUUCCGAAAAGGAAGUAAUUUCCCAAUUAUAUAAUUGCAAUUCCACCCUCAGGGAAUAUCAAUUGAUCAUAGAUUGGUUAGAAGCCUGCUACGAGUGUCGUGAUUACGGGCCCUUAAUAGGCCACACUACCGAUCGUAGCGUAUCUUGGGAGAAUACAUUGUUCCAACUAAAAAAAAAGAAGCAACUAGCUUUUGGCACAGGGGCAGAAAUAGUAAAGUCUAUAGACCCUGAUGCUCCUAUCAGAGAAAAAAGACCCUUACAUGCUUUGGAUGAGGAGGACAGCAUGCGCUUAUCACGUUGCAUAUUCCAAGAAGUACGUCAAGGUCGUAUCGACGAAGCCACGGUCAUGUGCAAAUAUUAUGGGCAGAGUUGGCGUGCAGCUAUUUUCGAGGGUUGGCGUUUGCAUGAAGAUCCUAACUAUGAUGAUACUAUCGGUGCCAAUAAAAGCGAAAAAUUGUCAAUUGAAGGUAAUCCGCGGCGAGAUAUUUGGAAAAAAUGUGCUUGGCUUAUGGCCGAUAGUAAAAAGUUCGAUGAAUAUACGAGAGCAAUAGCAGGCGCAUUUUCGGGUCAUUUGGAUUCAUUGAAGUCGUUAUUGGGCAACUCUUGGGAAGAUCUUCUGUGGGCAUACCUUAAAGUGCAAGUGGACAUUCGUGUUGAAAGUGAAAUAAGAGCUUGUUGUUUGAAACCCUAUCAUCCCUUGCCUGAAGAAUACUGGAACUCAAAAAUGUCAUUGGAACAGAUUUUCGAUGAAUUGUUGGUUCACAACGACGCCGACGUACGAGAUUAUGCUCAGAGUAAAAUAGGUAUCACACAGAAGUAUUUCAUACUCGACAAUAUUUCGGAAUUGUUGCAACAAAUGCGGCGUUGGAUCGACAACGAAGAUGCUGAGUGCGAAACUGAAUGUACUCCCAUGACACCACAUAUGCUACGAUUCCUUACACAUAUAGUAUUAUUUAUGAGACAAAUCGGACGUGUAGAUAAAGAGGACGCAGCAUAUCAUAUUAUCGCAGCUUAUGUGGAAUGCUUAAUAACUAUGGGUGAUGCUCAGUUGGUAGCUUUCUAUACAGCGACGUUACCAAGCAAAACACGCAUUUCGCUUUACUCGAAAUUUCUUGAGAAGGUUCAUAAAAAAGAAGCACGUUCAAUAGCUUUAGAAGAAGCCAUUAAUGUUGGUUUAAAUGUGGAAGAAAUUACUCGACAUACAGUCGAAACGAUACGUUAUACAAUACCAACAGACAGCGAGAUGACGGGUUCCCUGCAGGCUGGUGAAAUAAGCGAAUUCGAUCAAAGAAAAAUUAAGAGUCUAGAAUGGCUUACAUUCCUACCAGCUCAGCGAGGUGAAUUGCUGUGGCAGGCUAAUGCCAUGAUUCGUACUUACUUGGCUGAAAAUAAGAACGAAUGUGUGCGAGCAAUUUCCAAUAUGAUACCGUCAGAUUCCUUAGCACAAAUCAUAAAAUUAUAUAGCACCAAGGAUGACAUACCAUAUCGUGAAGAUUGUAGCAUUAAAGAGUACCUAAGCUAUAAAGUCUAUAUCGCAGCUAUUGACAGCUUCAAUGAGUGGACCCGCUUAUAUCACAAUCGUCCUAAAGAACCCGAACCGGCGAUGGCGGGAGCUAAUUUCACGGAGCGGGUUGCUUUCGAGCAUAGAGAGCAAGUCUAUAGAGCCGAACUUAAUCAUUGGCGCAUCACUUUGCAGGAACACGUUAAAGUUUGUCGUGAUUCUUUAUAUAACGUGCUGGUAUUUCCGGAAAUGGGUUGGCUUAUUGAUCCCGAUGUACCGAAAACUUUUGACAGUAAUACUGUGAUUUGGGAGACACGUCUCACGCAGCUAGAGAAGUUACGAAGCAUUUAUAUACCAGAAAUUGUCUUAUUGUUGUACAAGGUUUUGCAUGUUUCAAAGGAUUUUCAAGGCUGCAUAAAAUUAGCCGAUGACAUAGCUUCAGAGACACGCCAACUUUAUAAAGUCUACACGAAACAUAAAUUGGCAGAUUUACUCUCAAAAUUAGCGAAUUCAUCCUUGGAAUUGCUCAACAAAAAAUUGGAUCCUUGGGGUUAUUCAGCGCAAAUAUAAUGUUUACAAUUAAAUUACUUUUUUUAUAUU